AUGUCUGCGCUAGUUCAAUACGUGGUUAUAAGAGGAGAUCUUUCCAAGUCAAUGGGAUGGCCAAUGGGUGCUAUAGUAGCUCAAGCUUGUCACGCGUGCACAGCUGUUACUCAUAUUUUUUACAAUGAUAGCAAUACACAAGCUUACCUCGCAGAUUUGGAUUCAAUGCAUAAAGUUGUUCUUGAAGCUUCUGACGAGGCCAGUUUACAUACUUUGUGCUCCAAACUGAAGGAGGACGACAUCCAUCACAAGUUGUGGAUAGAACAGCCCGAAAACAUUCCAACUUGUCUGGUAACAAAACCUUAUCCUAAGAAUGAAGUGCAAUCGUAUUUUAAAAAGUACAAAUUGCUUAAGCUUUGAUAAUGACAAUCAUUGUAACCAUUAAUAAAUAUUUAAUCGGUACAAAACUAA